AUGGCAGACACGCUACUAUUAAAGGCUCUACGAGGCAAUGCUAGAAAAGUAAACUUAAAUAAUAAAGAUUUAAAGACUAUACCUCGGCUUGUUGGAAAGUUAUCAGAAUUAGAUACCUUGGAAGCUAGAAAUAAUAAGAUAACUUAUUUACCGACAGAAAUGGCAUUACUCGCUAAGCUUGCCAGCUUCAACUUGGGAUUCAAUGAAUUAUGCGAAUUACCAAAGAAUUUAAUGUACUUAUCAAAUCUACGAAAACUACAUCUUUUUAAUAACAAUAUUACUGAGCUUAGUGGCGAAGUUAUUGGGAAUUUGAAGCAGUUAACGUUAUUAAAUCUAAACAGAAAUAAAAUACAACAAUUACCAAAAGAAAUUGGCAGGCUUGUAAAUCUGGAGUUUUUAAGCCUUGACGAUAAUCAGUUAGUAGAGCUACCUGAUGAAUUUUGUAAACUAACAAAUUUAAAGGAGUUAAGCAUUUGCAGAAAUCAACUAAUAUAUCUACCAGACCAACUUGGUAGAAUAAGAAAAAUGAAAAAAUUAUUCUUGAUUCGAAAUCAGUUAGAUGUAAUACCUGACUCUUUAGGUAAGAUGUAUCAGCUCUCUAUUUUGGAUGUAUCUAUUAACAAUAUUAGGUUAUUACCUAGCGAGCUGCUAAAUUUACCAUUAACUGAGCUCCACAUUGAAGGAAAUUCUCUAAUUGACAAAGUUCCAGUUCAUUGUGACUAUGCUGAUGAAGUGUUAUCACUAAAGGAGAUUGCUGCUCGAUAUAUACUUAAAGAUCUAAAAAAAAGGGACUCUAUAAUGCGAUUUGAAUUACGUUACAAUGAUGAAGCUCGAGAAAUGCUUCUGGAGGCCAAAGAAUGUCCGAUCUGUACUAAUUGUUUUCUAAAUUCAUGGUUAGAGUGUGCAGAAUUUGUCGACGCGAAAAAGAUUUUAGGGAUUAAAAAUCGUACAGGAGUUAUCCCGGUGCGUGUGCAGCUUUGUUCAUAUAAGUGCUUCAAAAGUGACGGGCAUGGUUAUUUAGGAGUUGCUACUCCAUAG